UGACGUGUCACACACGCUACCGGAUUUUUUUGAAAGUUGGCUGCGAAUCUUUCUCAACCCUUUUGCUGCUCUUCUUCCUCUUUUCUUUGUGUGGUUUCCCCGUUUAUUUUUUCUUAACUUGUGUGCUCGAACCUGAACGGUCAACCCUAUCAACAACAACACCAGGUCUUGCAUUUCAUACCAAAUAAAACGAAAAAAAAAUAUACGAACCGAUUAAACCAAAUCUUGAGCAAAAAUGGCAGCCUUGUAUGAAGACAAUUACCAAAUGGCGGAAACUGAGUAUUUCGAUCCAGAGGAAGAAAUGGCCAUGGGCGAUGCCUACUACGAUGACAGAAUCACACAAGAAGAUUGCUGGACUGUGAUCAGCUCUUUUUUCGAAGAGAAGGGUCUUGUGCGUCAGCAGCUGGAUUCCUUUGAUGAAUUCGUUCAAAACACCAUGCAAGAACUUGUUGACGAAAAUUCAAAUUUGGUUCUGCAACACGUUGGUGGCGAUGGCGAUGUCUCGAAACGAUACAUCAUCGAUUUCGGUCAAAUUUACUUGUCCAAGCCCACAAUGACGGAAGCAGACGGUAGCACACAACCCAUGUUUCCACAGGAAGCUCGUAUUCGAAAUUUGACAUAUGCAUCACCACUGUAUGUUGAUAUGAGCAAACGCACACAAAUCGCUGCGCCACAAGAUCCAGACAAUCCCAUCAAAAAUAUUAAUGAUCAGUUCGUUGAUGAGAAUGGUGGCGAACCACCAGCCAUGACCAAAGUGUUUAUUGGCAAGGUUCCAAUCAUGCUUCGAUCAACAUAUUGUAUUCUGCACGACAUGCCAGAACAACAAGUUCACGAACUUGGUGAAUGUUCAUUCGACAUGGGUGGUUACUUUGUCAUCAACGGUUCUGAAAAGGUGCUGAUUGCGCAAGAGCGCAUGGCAACCAACACAGUCUACGUCUUUGCCAAAGCACCGCCAUCCAACGUACAAUACACGGCCGAAAUUCGAUCAGCACCCGAAAAGGGCUCCAAGCAGCCAUCGCCACUCUAUAUCAAAAUGAUGCGAUCGUCCGCUGAACGUGGAUCCAACAGUCAAUCGAUCCGUGCCACGCUGCCAUACAUUCGUUCCGAUAUCCCCAUUGUUGUCGUGUUCCGAGCCUUGGGUCAGGUGUCCGACAGAGACGUCUUGUCACACAUUUGCUACGAUCAAAACGACUAUGAAAUGCUCGAAAUGCUGAAACCGUCCAUCGAAGAAGCAUUUGUGAUUCAGGACCAGGAUGUGGCAUUGGAUUUCAUUGGCAAGAGAGGUUCAACGAUUGGUGCUACGCGUGAAAAACGUAUCAAGUAUGCCACCGAAAUUCUGCAAAAGGAGUUGCUGCCUCACGUGGGUACCGAAUACAAGACUGAGACACGUAAAGCAUACUUCUUCGGUUACAUGAUCCACAGAUUGUUGUUGGCAGCAUUGGAGCGACGUGAAUUGGAUGAUCGUGAUCAUUAUGGCAAGAAGCGCAUGGAUUUGGCAGGUCCUUUGAUGGCUGGUCUGUUCCGUACUCUUUUUAAAAAAUUGACAAAGGAUGUUUCCAAAUAUUUGCAAAAGUGUAUCGAAUCUGGUCGAGAAUUUAAUUUGACACUGGCUGUCAAAUCAAACACAAUCACCAACGGCUUGAAGUAUUCGCUGGCUACCGGUAAUUGGGGUGACCAAAAGAAGGCCAUGCAAUCUCGUGCCGGUGUGUCGCAGGUGUUGAACAGAUACACAUUUGCAUCAACACUGUCCCAUUUGCGUCGUUGUAACACGCCGAUUGGUCGUGAUGGUAAGCUCGCCAAACCUCGUCAGCUGCACAACACGCAUUGGGGUCUCGUGUGUCCUGCCGAAACACCUGAAGGUCAAGCAUGUGGUCUUGUCAAGAACUUGGCACUUAUGUCAUACAUUUCCGUCGGUUCGGCAGCAAAUCCGUUGUUGGAAUUUUUGGAAGAAUGGGGUAUGGAGAACUUGAUGGAACUGGCACCCACAAGUAUCCCAUCGGCCACCAAGGUGUUUGUCAAUGGUAUCUGGGUGGGUGUCCAUCGGGACCCAGGAGAAUUGAUCUACUCCCUGCGCCAAAUGAGACGGUCUGUCGAUAUUUCGCCCGAAGUCAGUAUUGUGCGUGAUAUUCGAGAACGUGAACUGCGGAUAUAUACCGAUGCUGGUCGUUGCUGCCGUCCAUUGUUCUUGGUACAGGACCAGCAGUUGCUGUUGACAAGAGAACAGGUGACGCGUUUGCAAGAUCCUGGCGAUCCUUAUGAAUGGCAGAACCUGAUUUCGGAUGGUGUGAUUGAAUAUUUGGAUGCUGCGGAAGAAGAGACGGCCAUGAUCUGUAUGACACCCGAGGAUUUGGCAGAAUCGCACGAGGCUACCAACUAUGGUACACAAUUGCAGCAAGCCCGUGAUGUUGCUAGUCGUGUAAAGAGUCAGACCGGUGCAUAUUCUCAUACAUGGACACAUUGUGAAAUUCACCCAAGUAUGAUCCUUGGUAUUUGUGCCAGUAUUAUUCCGUUCCCAGAUCACAACCAGUCUCCUCGUAACACCUACCAAUCUGCUAUGGGUAAACAAGCCAUGGGCGUAUACCUCACUACCUAUCAGAUUCGUAUGGAUACGCUGGCAAACAUCCUGUACUAUCCGCAAAAGCCUCUGACGACGACGCGAUCCAUGGAAUAUCUCCGUUUCCGUGAACUUCCUGCCGGCCAAAACGCCAUUGUUGCCAUUCUUUGCUACUCUGGUUACAACCAAGAGGAUUCCGUCAUCAUGAACCAGGGCAGUAUUGAUCGUGGUUUGUUCCGAAGUUUGUUCUACCGGACCUACAUGGAUGCCGAAAAAAAGACCGGCACGAUGCUCAUGGAAGAAUUUGAAAAGCCCACACGCGAAAGCACGACGCGCUUAAAGCACGGCACUUACGAAAAGCUGGAUGAAGAUGGUCUGAUCGCGCCGGGCACACGUGUCUCGGGCGAUGAUAUCAUCAUCGGCAAGACCGCACCGCUUGCAACAGAAUCUGAGGAAUUAGGCCAGCGUCAGCAGACACACAACAAGCGAGACACAUCCACGCCGUUGCGUAGCACUGAGACGGGUAUUGUGGACCAAGUGAUGCUGACAACAAACCAAGAUGGUUUGAAGUUCGUCAAGGUGCGCGUACGAUCCACGCGUGUGCCACAGAUUGGUGACAAGUUCGCUUCACGUCACGGUCAAAAAGGUACAAUUGGUAUGACCUAUCGACAAGAAGAUUUCCCAUUCACGGCCGAAGGUGUCACGCCUGAUCUGAUUAUCAACCCGCACGCCAUUCCGUCGCGUAUGACCAUUGGUCACUUGAUCGAGUGUUUGCUCGGCAAGGUCUCGACGUUGACGGGUAACGAAGGUGAUGCCACGCCAUUCACAGAGGUCACCGUCGAGGCUAUUUCGCAGGCAUUGGCAGCGCAAGGAUACCAACAGCGUGGUUUCGAGGUCAUGUACAAUGGAUUCACUGGUCGCAAGCUGAAUGCACAGAUCUUUGUUGGUCCUACGUAUUACCAGCGUUUGAAGCACAUGGUCGAUGAUAAGAUUCACAGUCGAGCCAGAGGCCCUGUACAGAUCUUGACGCGACAGCCGGUCGAAGGUCGUUCGAGAGAUGGUGGUCUCCGUUUCGGUGAAAUGGAGAGAGAUUGUAUGAUCAGUCACGGUGUCGCACAGUUUUUGAAGGAACGUCUCUUUGAUGCAUCGGAUGCAUACCGUGUGCAUGUGUGCGAUAUCUGUGGCUUGAUGGCUAUUGCCAACCUGAAAAAGAACCACUUUGAAUGCAGAGCAUGCAAGAACAAGACACGUGUGUCGGCUAUCCACAUCCCCUAUGCUUGCAAGCUACUCUUCCAAGAAUUGAUGGCCAUGAACAUUGCACCUCGCAUGUUUGUAGAUGCAUAAAAAACCUUUACUUUAUAUCAUUUCCCGCCCUCUCACCUCUAAACGCUCAUUCACGCUCACCUUUAUCAAACACUUAUUCUCACACAACAACAAAAGCAACUUCCAUCCACAACAUCCCCAAACAAGCACACACACACACACUCACACACAAAAACAUUGCAAUUAUUCAUAUUUACUUAUAUAAGACAACAAAAAAUGACUUUUUUUUUCCUGUUCCCCCCUCCCCCUCUCAUUGUAUGAUUGUAAAUCGUUUUUAAAAGGAAAAGAAAGAACACAAAAAAAUAGGUAAAAAAAGCA